GCCCAUCACUGGCCGACAUUUGCAUUUUCGGCAAGAUGGGACCGAAGAAGGGAAACACGAACUCCAAGGUGGAAGCGGCGAACCAGCGCAAGGCGGCGCAAGAAGCCGAGAAGAAAUCCAAGAAGUCUGCCCAAGACGAAGCACGCGCCGCUGCCGAAUGGUCUCAAGGUGCCGAUGCUCGUUCGGCCAAGCGCGCGCAGGAUGAAGAAUUGAAGCGACAACAGGCGGACGCCAAAAAGGCAGAGCUCAAGCGAUUGCAGGAAGAAGAAGAGGCUGCGAUGAGCGGCAUCAAGGCGAAAGCCAAGACAAAGGCACAAAAAGAUAUUGACAAGCCGUGGGAAGCUGCAUUGGCGCCGGUCGCGAAAAAGAACAACAAGGGCAGCCGUGUCCCUCCUCCGCCCCCCAAAGCUGUCGCGGUCCCUGCUCCGUCUCGACCAGCAACGCGCGACGACAUUGUUUUCGACGAGCGCUCCGACGACGACUUGUUCCAGAACCGAAAUCGCAUGCAGUCCGACGUUUUGGAAGCUACAACGAUCGAAGGAGCGUUGGACUUGCUGGGAGUCAACGACAAGGACCCUGAGCGCCACCCCGAGCGCCGCAUGAAGGCGGCGUACAAAGCUUUCGAAGAAGCGACGAUGCCCCAACUGCGAGAAGACUACCCUGGACUCAAGCUGUCGCAGUACAAGCAACGAUUGAGUGACAUGUGGCGCCGAUCACCGCAAAACCCGCUGAACCAAGAAACGGUAUCGUACAACGCCAAGAAGAUCUAAACGGCUGCGUAUGGCGCAGCACCAGCUACGAGCCCCACGUCGACCGCUCGAGGGCUCCCUCCACCAUAGCAAUUCGUCAUCGACAUCGGGUCAUUCUCUAAAGUAAAUGAAUGGUGUCAUUUAAAUGACCUA